UUUCUAGUCACGCUUGUGUGUCCGCCGGUAGAUGAGGGUUGGCUAGCCGGCUAGCGGUCUUAGCUCUCCCCCCUUUUCUCUUCUGGGGGAAGAAAACGAAAAGCUCGGCCCGUGGCACCCCGCGGCCUCCAGCUUUUCCGACAGCCGACAUGCCGGUCCACUCACGGGAGAAGAAAGAAAGCAACCACGAAGAAAUGGAGGUGGACUUUCCGGAGCAAGACGGCAGCAGCACAGACGAGGAGGACACCGUUAGCUCGUCGGUGUCUGAAGAUGGAGACAGCUCAGAGAUGGAUGACGAGGACUGCGAGAGGAGGAGGAUGGAGUGUCUGGAUGAGAUGACCACUCUGGAGAAGCAGUUCACUGACCUGAAGGAGCAGUUGUAUAAGGAGCGUCUGAGCCAGGUGGAGAUGAAGCUGCAGGAGGUGAUGGCCGGCUGUGCCCAGGAGUAUCUGGAGCCUCUGGCCAACCUGCAGGAGAACAUGCAGAUCAGGACCAAAGUGGCUGGGAUCUACAGGGAGUUGUGUCUGGAGUCGGUGAAGAACAAAUACGAGUGUGAGAUUCAAGCUGCAUGCCAACACUGGGAGAGUGAAAAGUUGCUGCUGUUUGACACCGUACAGAGUGAGUUGGAGGAGAAAAUAAGGCGACUGGAGGAAGACAGACACAGCAUCGACAUCACCUCAGAGUUGUGGAAUGAUGGUUUGCACGCCCGGAAAAACAAGAAGAAAGACCCCUUCUGUCCCGUCAAGAAGAAGAAGCCAGUCGUUGUGUCUGGCCCUUAUAUUGUUUACAUGCUGCAAGAUCUGGAUAUUCUUGAAGACUGGACUGCAAUCAGAAAGGCGAUGGCAUCACUGGGGCCUCACCGGGUGAAGGUAGACGUUCCUGUGCUAAAGCCGGACAGACACCAUCACGUGGCGCGCUCUGAGGACGGUCGACUUUACUACGACAGCCAGUGGUACUGCCGGGGUCAGGCCAUCUGCAUCAACAGGAAGGACGACUACCCAACCAGUGCCGUCAUCACCACCAUCAACAACGACGAGGUGUGGUUCAAGCGACUGGACGGCACCAAGUCAAAGCUGUACAUCUCCCAGCUGCAGAAAGGAAAAUACACCAUCAAACACUCUUAAAGGAAGGGAGACGCUCCACCGCUCGGAGGUUUCUCCCUCUCCGCCUCUACAUCCACACGAACAGAUGCCCCGCCCCAUUUGUAAAUGAGCGUCAUCAUGGUCACUAAGUGUCUUUUUGUCUGGAAUGGAGAUCAGUAAAAAAGUGCUGCUAAAAAAAAAACAAAAAAAUGGGGCUAACUGUGAAGAGCGUAGUGCCUUUACUGGGAGGAAGAGGGCGCUCCGGUUGACAGUGAAGCAUUGCUCCAUGCUGGGCCAGCAUGGAGCGGGUCAGUGAGGGUACUGUGUGCCUCCUCAGGCAUAGCGGUUAAACUUGAAUUUCAUGCUCAUUUUAAGUGAAAAUCCCCCAGAUCAGUUUGAAUAAAAAGUGUUCGAUUUAAUUAAAUGUGAAAGAAUGUUUUUUUUUUUUUCUUCAAAUUCUCUUUUGAUGCUUUAUUACCAACCCUAACAUUUUCAGCACUACGUUUUAUGAUUUAAGCUAACUAAAGAUCAAACUUUAUUGAGAUGUCGAGGUGUAAAUGUCACAUGGGACUUAAAAAGUGCCAAUUUUUUUUAUGGUCAAAACUACAUUUCAUCGCUGAUGUAUUAAUUACAGUUUUUCAUUUUGUGAAACCAGCCGGUCUUUAUAAACAACAGUAUUGUAAAAAGAGCUGUUUGCCACAGAAGAGGAAGAGGCUGUUAUAAACGUCAUUUCUACUUUUAUUUUUUAACUUUAUAUAUAUAUAUAUUGUGUUUCAUAAGUUGUGUGUGAGUACAAAUAAACUGUGCCAAUGCAUAAACAG